UAAUGUUAGGGGUUGUGGAGGAGGUCAGGGUUAUUUUUCAAGGUAAUGUAUAGGCCAGGCGUCAGGGCCCAAAAACAAAGCGUUUAUGAACCGGAAGAGGACUGAAAGUGGUGGGGCCUGAUGAUGAUUGUAUGCCUCUUGACAGCACAGCGCGUGCGCAGUCGAGACACGCAUGGGACGUUUUUUCAGCCAAGUUGACGUACAGUGCGUGAAUGCGGUAGUAGAGCGCAGCCAAGUUCUGUUGUAGGUUGACGUUACAGAGUCAGACCCCGGCAAAGCACGGCCGCUUCAAAGCCGACACCAGCGGGGCCGUGGGGAUUUUCAGAGGGAGCCCAAGUCGGGUGCGACGAACAUGGGUAACGCAGAGAGUGGCUGCGGUGGUGGGAGCGGUGAGGAGGAGGACAUGGAGACGGAGAGUCCCGGUUUCGCGGAAGACAACCUGGCCUCUGCGGCCAUUGGCGGUGGUGUCGGAGGCAACGGAGGCACCGGCUCUGGGAGAAGCGGAAGGGGAUCCAACAAUCCACCCGCAACCACCGAGGGACCACCUAGCCCCGCGGUCCUCUUGGAGCAAGUGAAACUAAGAGAAGCGGCCGCCCGUGUCAGCGACUCGGGGGUCACCAUUCACGAGUCCGUCCUGUCCGGGAAUGAGGGCGUCCUGAUACGGUGGCUGGAGGACCGAUUGACCCGCGGUGAGGAGUCCGUCAAUGUGGAACAGUUCUGCGAAAUGUUGGAGAGCAGAGAUGCCCCCAGGAAUGAAUGUGAAGAGGCGUUUGGACAGUUUGAUGCAGAGGGGGAUGGAGCGGUAGACAUCGAGAGCAUGCUGGUAGCUCUUAAGAACUCCAAUGGAGCUAAUCUGCAGGGAGAAUUGAGUCAUGUGAUAAGACAACUCCAGGCGUGCUCCCUUACGCCAGGUUUUGUCGACAUAUUCUCCAAGAGUAAAGACAGAUUAGGAGCUCAUGCCUCUAAGGUCCUUAAAUUCCUACAUAGGAAUCGGAUUCCCAGCAGUGCCAUACCUUUCCCUAUUUUAGAGGGCUACAACAGCAUCUGCACCAUGAGGUCCAGUGUGGUUCAAGACUUCCUGGAAUUCCUCCUGCAGAAGGAGAAAGAUUUAGAUAUCCAGUACAGAGCAGAGCUUGACCGUGAUCCAGAUAUAGAUAAAGUCAAGGUGGUCACACAGUGCUAUAGCACAAUAGAAGCUUCGUCCAAUGUCCCUGACAUCUACAAGAUGACAAAUGGGGAAACCUCAUCUUUCUGGCAGUCAGAUGGCAGCGCCCGCUCACACUGGAUAAGACUGAAGAUGAAACCAGAUGUGGUCCUGAGACGUCUGGCCAUUGCCGUGGCUUCCAACGACCACAGCUAUAUGCCUCAGCUGGUCUCGGUGUCUGUGGGGAAGACACGGCGUUCCCUGCAGGAGAUCAGAGACAUUCGCAUCCCCAGCAACGUUACAGGCUACGUGGCUCUGUUAGAGAACGCCAAUAUCACGCACCCCUACAUCCAAAUCAACAUCAAGCGAUGCCUGAGCGAUGGAUGUGACACUCGUAUUCAUGGACUGAAGACGCUGGGUUAUCAGAUUACCAAGAGUAAAGAGGUGUCUGUCUCGGAUGCUUCAGCCAUCUGGUAUCUGUCUCUGCUCACCUCUUUGGUCACCGCAUCAAUGCAGACGAACCCAGCUCUGGCUCACACUGUCCUCCAAAGCACACAAAAAGCCUUACAGCACAUGCCACCAUUGUCGCUAACACCAUCAUCCACCGAGUUCCCCAAGUUCUUCUCCCUAAACAUUCUGGAGGAAGUGGAUGGGUUUCUCCUUAGGAUUUCAAACUGUUGCGUGAGCCCUGAUGCAGAAAUGACUCUCUUGGCCUUUGCCCUGGCCAGAGGCAGUGUGGCAAAAAUACUCCAGGCCCUGUCCUGCAUCAGUGAACAUUUACAGACCAAGUACAAGGCCUCUUCCCUCAUCGUCUCCAUGGCUUCUGUUAGGCUGCGAUUGCUUUAUCGGAAUGGAAAGCCUUUUCAGCUUCACCUGCAGGCCUGUGAUGUCAAGAGUAAAGAGGAGAAAUCAGGACCAGAGAACAUGCUCACAGAGUCUUCCACUGGCGAUGGUUUUCUCACAGAAAGCGGAAGGAAGAAGGCCAGCGUGAUCCUGUCCACGGAGGACCAGAGCAACUUCCAGGUCACUCAGAUGAAGAUCAAAGUGCGAAAAGGAGCCAUUGGAGCUAAAUGUGGCUUGGUGUUUGCGUACAUGGAGGAGGACUCUUUUGAUGCAGAGAAACAUUUCAAGAGGUUCAAAAAGUACGACUCAUGGAACUACAAAGACUACAAAGAGUUUGUACAGGACAAUGGGAGGAUUUCAGUGCAGAGUGAGGAUGAGCCAAUUGGCUGGUUUGAGCUUGAAGAGGACUGGAAUGAUGUGGAGAUCAAGCUGCAGCAGUGUCGCGUUGCAAAGUUCCUGAUGGUGAAAUUCCUCUGCACCAGGCAGGACUCAGCCGAGCGGCUUGGUGUGCAAAAUCUUAGCUUCAGCGGCUACCUCUGCCCCGGAACAGAGAGGCUUGUUGACCUGGACGACCUCAGCAGACAAGGGAGCCUUGAUCAGAAUGGAGUCACUGGCCUUUGUCUAUUAAACAAGACCCUUUUCUUCAUACAGCAACUUACACGAGACAUGGAUGCCUCACAUUUCAAGCAGAAAUAUCUUCUGGACUUCAGUGGUCUCAGCCUUAACCUUUUCUGGAGCUUCUACAAUAAACUCAGGGAGAUUGAGGGAGAGGAGGUGUUGAAAAGCAGAGUUCUCCUGCUUCAGUUGAUGCAGAAUUGUUUCCCCAUGCUGCCCAACCCUAUGGAGCCCCAAGACUCAGAGGAGAGCAAAGACCCAGAUGAAGGUGCCCCAGCAGCAGCAGGUCCAUCUACAUCUGGCAGUGAAGAUCCUCAGAGUGUCUCUGCUAAGGCUGUAUUGGAGCUCUACAAUCACCUCUGUCACAUUGUGGACAGUCCACAGGGAGAGACGGUGAUGGAAACGGUUUUGCACAAGGAAGCAGUUAAGGCCAUUCUUAAUGGAGCAGCUGUUUUCUUCCCUGAUAAGCUCAACAGGCGGAACAAACUCUUUCACAUGAUGAAGAAUUUUACUGAAGAUGAUCAGCCAGAGUCUGUGAAGGUGACGUUCGAAUCUCUUUGUAAUUAUUUCAGUAACCAGGAUCCAAGCGGCCUUCUUCUGCUGCCCUCCAAAGGAACUCCCUCAGACUACGACAUCAGCCCCAUACUGUUGGUUAUGGAGACGCUGCUGCUAGUCGCAUCGAGAGAGUGUGAGAUUAUGAUGGUGGGUGGAGGGACCGGAGCCAGCAGGACGGUGGUGCUGUCCUUAUUCUGGGCUCUGCAGGGCAGCUUGCUUUCUUGGUGCUACCUGGAGCUCAAAGGUGGAACUUCCACACCUGCUGCAUCUGAGCUGGCCAGAGACAUCCUUCUAAAAUAUGUGGAUCAGUUCUUGGGAAGUAUCAAAGCUGUGAUGGGGUCCCUUCUGGAGAGGUUUACCAGUAGUGAAAUUACUGGUAAACUGGGCAGCUCUAUUCUGGCCACAAUCUUCAGACAGCUGAUGAUCUUCCUCCUGGAGCUGUGUUCUCUGGAUAUCCCUCACAGUGUGCUGCUGAAGAGCUUCUCCUCGUUGGUCGAGCUUCUCAAAAGACUGUCAAGUGAUACAGGAGACAUCUUCUCUAAGGUGGAUCAAGAGAGCUCGCACCAGCCCCAGAAGCCAGUGGUGCUCAGGACCUGGAACAUGGAAUCUCCUCACAACUACGAAAACAGCCGACAUGAGACCACCGUCUUUGCUUGUCCCGGCGCAACUUCAUUCGAGGUGGAGUUUGACGAGCGCUGUGAGACAGAGAAGAGAUACGACUAUCUAGAAUUCACUGAUUCCAGAGGUGGAAAGAUGCGCUACGAUAUGAAGGUUGGAAGUGAGAAAUGGCCAAAGAAGGUGACGUUUGAUGCAGGCCCCCAGCUGCAGUUCUUGUUCCACUCCGAUAGCAGCAAUAAUGAGUGGGGAUACAAGUUCACUGUGACAGCGCUGGGUCUGCCAGAUAUUACCAUUUCCUGGAUGUCAGACCUGCAGUUGUUAGUGGCCCGCCUCAUGGGUCGCCUUGCAUCCAGAACCCUGGCACUGAAAUCUCCUUAUGAGAUCCGCAGCGUGAAGGAGCUUCAACCAGGAAAAAUGUCCCACAUUCAGGCUUCACCUUUGUGGAAACCCAUCCUGAGACAUGGCUUGUGUGAAACACGGGAGACAAAUCCGACUAAAAAAAACCCCAACCAGACAGACACAUCAACUUUUGGUGAGAUAUCAGCCUUCCUCGAGGACUUUGCCCGCUGGAACCCCUCACAAGAACCGUCAGACCAUAGAGCAGAACUAAUGCGGACCCUUCUGCAGGCUUGCAGAAAGCACCCAAUGAGCAAUGAGAUUGUUGCUGGGUCAAAGACAGACCAAGCUGUGAAUGCCAUCUGGGCAGCCAUGGUGUACCACACCCCAGCCCUCAACCAGGCCUUGAAGGCAUAUGUUAAUCAAGACUGCAAGUCCUUUCUGGGUGAAGACUUUGUGCAAGUUUAUCUUCUGGCAGACAGCAUCAGAACAUGGAUGUUGGAGAUGAAGCAGAGAUAUCUUGUUGGUACAAUGAACACAUAUAAUGAUAAAGAAGGGAGCCAUGAAGAGGUUACCAUGGACUCUCUGGCUGAGAUGUGCAUUGAGAAGAGCCUCUUGCUCAUUCGUUUUGCUCCAUCGUUGAUCAAAUCAUGUCUGGUUGGUGACUCCUCAAAAGCAAAAGAGGGCAGCUUUGGUCCACUGCUCCGCUCAAGCUCGAUCUCGGAAGGAGACUUCCAGCCUAUCUCCUCGCUGGGCCCAUGUCCUGGAUUACCUGAUGAGGCCAGUGACGCCAGGCCUGAACAGAGUCAGCUGUCAAACUCUCAACCUCCAAACUCAUCAUCUUCUGAGCACAGCAGGCGAGGCCACAGAGACUCCACGGAGAAUCUCUCUUCCCAUCCACCGGAGCCAGCCUCACCAUCCACGUUCCCCCGUAAAGUUCCGUUCAGUCGCUCACGCCUCCGCCUCCUGUCCUACCGCUCUAUUGAGGAAUCCCACAUGACCCCCUCUGUCAAAGAGCGCCACCCGAUACUUAAACACAUCCUGAACUUUAUGAAAGAUCAGGCUCUCACGACAGCAAGCAUUCUGCACACCUUGGCCCUGAACAAAGCUCAGGCUCUGAGUGUGUGCAAGGUGCUGGAGAUGAUUCAGCAGUGUUUACGCUCCCUGGGACAGCCGCACUUCUUCCAGCCUCACUGCAUCCUGUUCCUGCAGGAGCUGCUGGCAUGUCAGAAAGACUUCACCAGUUAUUUCUCUCAGUUAUCAGACAGCGGGCAGAAACUUGGAGAGGAGGUCAGGCGUUCUUACCAUCAGCUGGUUCUCAUGCUGGUGGAGGCUGCCCAGGGCUUCAGCAGUCUCAAUGAGAAAGCUUUGCUCCCAGCCCUGUCCUGUGUGCAGAGCUGCUUCUUGCACCUGCUAGACAUCAACUGGGAGGUGCAGGACCUUCCUCUGUUCCAGAGCAUCAAGCUUCCAGACCUGCUACUCUCCAUGUCCCAGGAGAACAUCAGCGUUCAUGAUAUCGCCAUCAGUCAGUGGACGGAGGAGGAUGAAAUCGCAGACUACAAGAAGAACCAGGAGUGGAUGGAUGAGUGCAUGGACGGCAUGUUUGAAAAGUGGUACGACAAAAUUGAUGAAGAGGAGUCCAUGGAGGACAGGAGGAAGAUGCACAUGUUUAUUGCCCGCUACUGUGACCUGCUGAAUGUGGUGAUCUCCUGCGAUGGCUGUGAGAGGAUGGCUCCUUGGCACCGUUACAGAUGUCUUCAGUGCAUGGAUAUGGACCUCUGCAAGACCUGCUUUCUCAGUGGAGCCAAACCUGAAGGCCACGAGGAUGAUCAUGAAAUGGUGAACAUGGAGUACGCCUGUGACCAUUGUCAGGGCCUCAUUGUUGGCAGCAGGAUCAACUGCAAUGUUUGUGAGGACUUUGACUUGUGCUUUGGCUGCUACAAUGCAAAGAAGUAUCCUGACAGCCACUUACCCACCCAUCGCAUCACUGUGUACCCCAUGGUGACCAUACGAAUCAGUGACCGUCAUCGCCUCAUUCAGCCCUACAUCCACAACUACUCCUGGCUCCUGUUUGCUGCUUUAGCCCUGUAUACAUCUGAGCUAUGCAGUGAGAGACACACAGAGGGAGAAUGUUUAGACAGCAAAACCCUGGAGCUGGCUUCAGUCCUGCAGGCUCAUUGCUCCCAACUAAUCACUGACUGCUUGCUCAAAGGCCAGACUGGCAAAGGUCUCCGCUCUUCGAACUUGCUGGCUCUGCUGUCCUCCAGUGAAUCGGUGUGUGAGAGUGAGCUGGGUCCGGCAUCUCCUCAGACCUCUCAGGAGCUGAGUUCAGCCUCAGACACCUCCUCACUUCCAGGCAGCACUGCAGCAAUCUGCUCUCCAUCAUCUCCAAAAGACAAGCUUAAGGACAAAAAGGCAGGGGAGCUGAAUUCUUCUCCCACUCCUCCUCCUCCUGACUUGUCCAUACCCCCAAGCUCUGCAGAGGGAGAUAAAAAGAAGCUGGUUGCUCAGGACACCCUAGACUCGGAUGGUCUCAGCCAGACUCCCUCUGUGUCCAGUGAGGACCCUCUGUCUCCUGUAGUUCAACCUUCAGAAUCAGGACCAGGAGCACUCAAGUCCCCAGCAUCAGAUGUGGCCAAGGAGACAGAUGAGAGACUACCAGAGGUUCCCCUGCAGGAGCAUGUGUUCUCUGAGUGCUCCAGAGAGAGGGUUUUAGGACUGCUAGCAGCGAUGCUCCCAUCAGCCAAGCCAGGCAGCACCCUCAGUCUGUCCAGCCUGAGCUCCAUCCUGCCGCACCUUUUCAGAGCAGUCAUCUCCAACGCUGGCUCUCUGAACGAGACCUACCAUCUCUCCCUUGGGCUCCUGGGUCAGCUGCUACUUCGGAUCUCUCCGACAGAAGCUGAUGGCGCCAUCACAGAGGCACUGGCAGACAAAUAUGACCUACUGGCACCAGGGGACACCUCUUGUUCAGAAACUCAGGGCUGGAAGACCACCCAGCUGCUUUUCAGCCUUGGGGCUGUCUGUUUAGACAGUCGUAUCGGUCUGGAUUGGGCGUGCACGGUGGCAGACAUUUUACACACUCUGAACACCUGCCCUGAGUGGAGCACAGUCAUCGCUGCCUUCACUGACCACUGCAUCCAGCAGCUUCCGCAAACUCUGAAACGGACCAACCUUUUCACCCUGCUGGUGUUGGUGGGAUUCCCUGAGGUGCUGUGUGUGGGCACCCAAACAGUGUUCAUUGACAACGCCAACGAACAGCACAACAUGAUCUUGUUGAAACACUUCACAGAGAAGAAUCAUGCUGCAGUGGUAGAUGUUAAGACACGCAAGAGGAAAACCGUGAAGGAUUACCAACUGAUCCAAUCUCAGGAUUCCACCACCACCAGUCUCCCACCACAGCCAGGGAGUCAGAGCUGCCAAAAGACUCUUCUGAGUCGAUACCUUAGCAAUUUCACCUCCAUCAUCAGCCACCUAUUACAGGCAAACCAGGAUAAUGGAUUUCCUGAUGCUGUGGAGGCUUCCUGGGUGCUAUCACUGGCGCUUAAAGGUCUCUACAACACACUGAAGAAGCAUGGCGUGGAGCACGCACACGAAGCCAUCCAGCAGUCGGGGCUGACCCAGCUGCUCGUCAGGAAGUGCAGCAAGGGGACCGGCUUCAGCAAGCUGUGGCUGCUGCGAGACCUCGAGAUCCUCUCCAUCAUGCUGUACUCCUCCAAGAGGGAGAUUCAUUCCAUGACUCAAGACCCCGAGAGAGACCAAAAAGAGCAGGAGAAAGAGCACGACUCAGACCACUCUGGCUGCGGCGCCGACGACGUUGACACCAACAGGCCUGACCCCUUGGAAGGUCUGGAUGAGGAGACAAAGAUUUGCUUCCAGAUCACCCAUGAUGCCUUAAAUGCUCCACUGCCGAUUCUGCGAGCCAUGUAUGAGCUGCAGAUGAAGAGGACAGACUCGUUCUUCCUGGAGGUGCAGAAGAGGUUUGAUGGAGAAGAGAUUAAAACUGAUGAGACAAUCAGGACUCUUGCUCAGAAGUGGCAACCCUCCAGGCGGCCCCGCUCUGAGGAGAGGAACACCAAAGCUGUGGACACUGACAUGAUAGUGAUUUCUUGCAUGUCUAAACCCAGUCAUUGUGAAAAGGCAACAGAAGAAAUCAAUGUAGUUUCCCAGAAGCUCAUCACCAAUUCAGAGAGCGACUUACAGCUUAGCUAUGCCAAACAGAGGCGCUCCAAAAGCUCAGCUCUGCUUCACAAGGAACUGGACGUCCGCAGCAACCGGGCAGUUCGUCAAUACCUGGUGAAGGUCAACCAAGCCAUCGCCACGCUGUACGCUCGCCAUGUCCUGGCUUUGCUGCUGGCCGACUGGCCCGUGGAGGCGCAGCUGAGCGAGGAGGCCCUGGAGCUGAAUGGGGCCUCACACAUGGCAUACAUCUUGGACAUGCUGAUGCAGCUGGAGGAGAGGCUCCUUUGGGAGAAGAUUCUGCAGAGGGUGCUGAAGGGAUGCAGCCAGAGCAUGCUGUCCAGUCUGUCUCUCACCGCUUGUCAGUUCAUGGAGGAGCCGGGUAUGGCCGUGCAGGUCAGAGAGUCCAAACACCCGUAUGACAACAACGCCAACUUUGAGGACAAGGUGCACAUCCCUGGAGCCAUCUACCUGUCUGUAAAAUUUGACUCCCGCUGCUACACGGAGGAAGGCUGCGACGAGCUCAUCAUGUCCAGCAGCAGCGACUUCCUCCAGGACGUCCACAGUUUCAGUGGAUCUCCUCAGAAGUGGUCUGACUUUGAGAUCCCUGGUGAUACCUUAUACUACAGGUUUAUGUCAGACAUGAGCAACACAGAGUGGGGAUACAAGUUCACAGUAACAGGAGGCCACAGGGGACGUUUCCAGACAGGUUUUGAGAUACUGAAACAAAUGUUAGCCGAUGUUCGAGUGCUCAGCCAUCUGCCAGUGGCCGAUAUCUGGGAGUGGCAAGUGGGUGUGGCCUGUCGUCAGACAGGAAGCCAGCGACUCAAAGCCAUCCACCUGUUGCUCCGCCUUCUGCAGUGUCAGUGUGAGACAGCCUGUGAGCUAACACUGCUGCGACCUCUGUGGCAGCUCUUUAUGUCCAUGGAAAACAACCUGAACAAGGACCCUACCAGUAUAUCGGUGCUGCUCCCUCUUCACAGAGCUCUCACGGAACUUUUCUUCAUUGCAGAGGCCCGUGCCAUUAAGCAAGGAAUCCUCCAGGAUUAUUUGCUAGCCAUGACUACCGAUGAGCUGCUCCUCAGCCACACUUCUAUGGCUCUGAAAAACAUCGCUGCCAUCAGCCUGGCCAUCAGUUACCCCAAUAAAUCUACUAAGCUGCUCAACAUGGCCCCAUGAGAGAUUUCUCUGAAGGAAAAAGAGGGAGAACAUUCUGCAGGGGAUACGCCCUGACUGAGCUGGAUGGCUUCACCCAAAUGUUGUGGGAGGAAAACCUCCUUCACCAUCCAGUGCUCUUCUAUCAGGACUCCCAUCUCUGUCAAGUAUCGUCCUGUCCUCAUCAAGAACUGCGCAGCGCUGUGGAUAUCAGCUGAGGAGGAGACACUCACGGAGCACUUACCACACUUCUUCACGAUCCUUUUUGCCUUAGAAGAAUUCAAUGUAUCAGCAUGUGCUUUCACAGAUGUAGGACAGUUUGUGGGAUUUGGGUUUUUUUCCACUUGAUGCUUUGCUAAAGGGCAUGAAGUGUGCCAAAUUAUCAUCCUUCAAGGGGAGGUCUCAUCUGUUAUCUCCCUGCCGUUUUUCAGAACAGCAGCCACUCUGGAUUACUAAAUUGAUCAUGGUGAAAACAGGUCACCUUGGCAAUUUGCAUGUCUCAGCAGACCUGUAGAGCAUCCUAAAAAUACUGCCCAGGACAAUGGAGUCUCAUUAGUCACCACAAGUGAAAUAAGUGACAUACUCCCUUAAUCCACUCAUGUCUUCAUUUUCCCCAUUUUGACUUUUUUUGUUCUUAGUCUUGCAAGCCUUCAUCAAGUUCCUCCUUCUUCCUUGUUUACUACAUACUGACUCCUCACCAUCGAUGACCUAAAUUCAGAUCUGAUAUUUGAUUACAGGGGUGCGUUUUUGAUAUGGGCAAAAUAACUCAUGUCAUCAUGAGGCGACACAAACACAGAACAAAGGUCGUCAGUUGUCCCAGUUUUCAGUUGCUUAUUCACAUGUCUGGUUAAAGAUUAGAGGGUGCCCCCUGGUGCUGUGCAAACUGCAACCACAAUAAAAAAGAAUCUGGCCAAAAUCAUCAGGUUGCUAAUAAUACGGAUGUUAGAAUCUGAUUCCCAUAUGCCUUCCUGAUGCCUUCCGGCGAUGAACAUUUGGAGAUUUGUAAAGCUUUUACUUCAUUUGCAAAAACACAAAAAAAACCUUUUUCUUUUAGUUUGGAGAAACUCAGACUGAGACAAGUGUAAAAACAGCAACAUAUACAUGGAGUGGUAAACAAAUAUUCUACUCUGAUCCUUUAAAAAGCAGUUUUAAAUGUUGAAAUCUUUAAUUUAUGAAAACCAGACAAAAAAGAUUCUUCGUUUUAACCAUUAGAGCGCCAUUUAUCCUCCAACAACCACCUCAUGCAUAAGACUCUCUGUGGAACUCUUACAGUGAUGCUGUUGUCAGAUGGAGUUUUUAAAAUUAGAUUAUUAUUGGUUGAUUCAAACCUUACUGUAAUGUCACAUAAUUGCCAAUAAAGUUAAUGUUGAAAGAAAUAUUCUAAGAAUCAGAAAUCGCCAAGUUUAACUGAUGGACUGUUAUUUUAAUUUUCAGCUGUCUGGAUUUAUUCUCACAGCUCUGAAUUUAAAGCUGAACUGAAUCGUCCCCUCACCUGUUGAUGCAAAAGAGAUCAUUUGUGUAGCCUGUCUGUAAAAACACAUAUGUACAGCACAAGAUCAUUCCUAACACAUAGGUUAUCUACAACGAGUUACAGUCUUUAUACUAAUUUCUAAUGCUACACAGAUGUGUUAAAGUGUAAUCCGACUUUCAAUCACGUCACUAACUCCCCCACACACCUUAUUAACGCUGCCAUGCACCUGAAGUCACAUUUGUCAAACACUUUUACGUCCAAAAAAAAUCUUGUGCUUUGAUGAAUUUAUUCACUCGUUUCUCAGAAAAAAACCUUGUUAGCUGUAGAAAGUUUUAUGCCAAAGAAACUUGUCAUUGUGAGCCAUAAAACAUCUCAGAAAGAGCACCUGGUUUUUUCCACAUAUCAGAUGGCGACCCUGUGAUUAGCUGGAGCAGUAGAAACCUUUACACAUCACUCAGUUUCUUUUUCUAUCAAGAUUCGCUUUGAUUCUUACUUUGGCCGUGGCCCCAACAUGGGCUGCAGGACGGCUCGGUGGUUUUGUUUACACAAACAAUAGCUGCAGUGAGGAGAGAAGAAGAGAUGCGUGGCCUCCGUUUGGCUUCCGUGACGCCUCACCUAUCCAUGACGUGCCUAUGGUUCAUAGUAAAGCAAUCAUGAUUUAUCUCAUGUUAUUAAUUCUAUUUUAAAUAAGAAAUCUAUUGUUUAAUUAAAGUUUUUUGUAACUUUUCAGUUAUUUUGGUGGUUUCUUUUUGCAAUGACGCUUGAUUUAAGGCUAACUAAUUUGAAUGUAAAUACCUGUGAAUAUAAGUUGCACAGAAUAUGGACUUUGAUAACUCCAAUCAAAAAAGGAAACCUUUAUCUGGCACUAACAGAUGGACACUUUGAAUCUGAUUUUGUAUGCACGGUAUUCUCAAAAGUACUGCUUGGGUUGAAAUGCGAUCCAUUUCUAAUAAAAACAGAAAUUACUUCAAAAUGAAAA